AGGAACAAACUGAAUACAUAUAAUUUCUUUCAUGAAAGGAAACUUAGGGUAAGGUAUUGUGUGCUAUGGCAUGGGAUGAAUCCUGGAUUUUCAUUUUAUGUUGUCUAGUAAAGGUACAAACCAGCAAUUAUCAAGCAGUCUUGGAGACCUAGCUGUACAGAGCAUAUGUUUCUCCACCCUCUAAGUUGGCACCAUUGUAGUCAAUUCUAUUUCCAUGUCCCUGGUGAGAAAAUUAUCUCUUGGGUUCCAUUUCUUUGUCUGAAGAGAUGUUUCUCAAAUGUAAGCUUUUUUUUUUUUUUUCAGUUUGCAGUGCAACCUUUGAAGCUUUCCUGUUAAUUGUUACUAUCUCUAGCGAGGGAAAAGUGUGGAAGGGGUCAUAAAAUAUUUUGUGCUCUUAUGUAAACUGAGAGAUCCUUUCUUCUGCAAAACCUGUUCCAUUUCUGCUCCUCUGUGUGCCUAGAAUGCAUGCAUUCAGGCCAGAAGCAAAAUUUGGAUGAAGUGAUCUAACUGAGUUGCCGUCAUGAGCAGAAGCAAGCGUGACAACAAUUUCUACAGUGUUGAAAUUGGAGAUUCUACUUUUACUGUAUUGAAACGGUAUCAAAAUUUAAAACCGAUAGGAUCAGGAGCACAAGGCAUAGUAUGUGCAGCUUACGAUGCCAUCCUUGAACGCAAUGUUGCAAUCAAGAAGUUAAGCCGACCGUUUCAGAACCAAACUCACGCUAAAAGAGCCUACAGAGAGCUUGUUCUUAUGAAGUGUGUUAAUCACAAAAAUAUAAUUGGCCUACUGAAUGUGUUCACACCACAAAAAUCUCUGGAAGAAUUUCAAGACGUCUACAUAGUGAUGGAGCUCAUGGAUGCAAAUCUCUGCCAAGUGAUUCAGAUGGAGCUCGACCAUGAACGAAUGUCCUAUCUUCUUUAUCAAAUGCUAUGUGGUAUCAAACAUCUUCAUUCAGCUGGAAUUAUACAUAGGGAUUUAAAGCCCAGUAAUAUAGUAGUAAAGUCAGACUGCACUUUGAAGAUUCUUGACUUUGGACUGGCCAGAACUGCAGGAACUAGUUUUAUGAUGACGCCUUAUGUAGUGACUCGUUACUACAGAGCACCAGAGGUCAUCCUAGGGAUGGGAUACAAAGAAAACGUGGAUUUAUGGUCUGUGGGGUGCAUUAUGGGCGAAAUGGUUUGCCACAAAAUCCUCUUUCCAGGAAGGGACUAUAUUGAUCAAUGGAAUAAAGUUAUAGAGCAGCUAGGAACACCAUGCCCCGAAUUUAUGAAGAAAUUACAGCCUACAGUCCGAACUUACGUGGAGAACAGACCUAAAUAUGCUGGAUAUAGUUUUGAAAAACUCUUUCCAGAUGUCCUUUUCCCAGCUGACUCUGAACAUAAUAAGCUUAAAGCAAGUCAAGCAAGGGAUUUGUUAUCAAAAAUGCUGGUUAUAGAUGCUUCUAAAAGAAUCUCUGUGGAUGAAGCCCUGCAGCACCCAUACAUCAAUGUUUGGUAUGAUCCAUCAGAAGCAGAAGCUCCUCCACCAAAGAUACCAGAUAAACAGCUAGAUGAGAGGGAGCACACGAUAGAAGAAUGGAAAGAGUUGAUAUACAAGGAAGUCAUGGACCUGGAGGAGAGAACCAAGAAUGGGGUUAUACGUGGACAACCAGCCCCUUUAGGUGCAGCAAUGAUCAAUGGCUCUCAACAUCCAUCUUCAUCGUCAUCUGUCAAUGAUGUGUCUUCUAUGUCAACAGAUCCAACAUUGGCCUCUGAUACAGAUAGCAGUCUAGAAACCUCAGCUGGACCUCUGGGUUGCUGUAGAUGACUACUUGGUCUUUUGGGGGGUGGGAGGGGGGUCCUUUUAGUCAUUAAUAGGGCACCUUUAAAAUUUGGUGGUAUUUUUGAGUGUUUUUUCAAAAAUAAUCGUAGAAUUCAUCAUAAAGUGCUGUAAUUUUAAACUGUAAGUUGUGUUAAAAGCAGCCACUUUUUUGCUGUAAUUAACUGUAAAAUAUUAAACCUGAUAAUUUUUAUUGUGGUUUUAAAAUCUGCAUAUUUGCUUUACUCUUAUGCUGCUGAUCUUUUUUUACGGAAUUUGUAAGAUUUGUUUUAUCAAAGCACAUAUUAAUGUUGUGGUCAUUACCAUAUAAUGAAUUAUUUAAGAUUUUAUAGGUUUUCAAUUUUUUAAUUAGAAUUUAUUCCAGAUGUUUUGUUCAUGAUAUCCUUCAAAGUUUUAUGCUUGGUCAUAAUGUCCAUGUCCAGGUGGAGAGGGAGGGAUUUCACUGCAGCCAGCUGUAGUUUUGGGCAUACUACUGUGGUGCUGACAGUGAACAAAGUCCUCUUUUAUUUUGGCCACUUGCCUGUAAUACUUCAGCAAAAGCAACAAUUAGUGAAUUUUUUUUUUAGAGAAACAGUAUCCAAUCCUUGGCAAACUAAUCUCAUAUGAACAGUUUUAUGAACUUAAGAAAGCAAAGCAUAUCUUCAAAGCUGCAGAAAUAUCUAGCCUAACAAAGUAAUGUGAUGUUUUCUGCAGAGUUAUGGCAUGCCAAAUCUUGUGAUCACCAUAAAACACGAGGAUACUUCAUGAAUAAUACAUUGCAAUGCCAAUAAACUGUUUACUUCUAGCUUGUAGCCUGUUUUUGUACACACAAAACGAAGUGUAUCCAGGAUAUCUAGACUGCCAAGAGGGAAAAUGAAUAUGCUGUAGCUAUACUUUCAUGUAAUAUGUGAUUCUUGGGAGUUUUGUUUCUUGCUACUUUUGUCUACUAAGGCAAGUGCUUUUUGGGUAGAAGAGGGAAUGACAUAAAUGCAGUGGGGCAAAACUUCAGCUGUUCUUUCUCCACCAAAAGUAACUGAUUGCUAAAAACCAUAGGAGAACCUCAGGAUUUCUGUAGCUAAUGCAUCAAGUGAGCAAUAUAUGCCAUCCAAAGGAGGGAGAAGUAGUGCUGUAUAAAUUAAUAUUUAUCUUCAUUUCACCAUGAGACCAGUGUAGCAGAAAUCUUAAUAAUGGUUCAUUUUAAGUCAUAAAUAAUUCAGUAGUUUUCAGCACUGAUGCUCUGGGUUUCAAUACACUUUUUAAACAAAAGAUAUAUUGAAAUAUAUAGAACAGUUACUAAAUAGUCAUGUAAAAUGGUGCUGCUCCUCACAGAAGUAUUUUAACUGUUUACAUUUUAUAUUUACAGAAUGAUUUAUGUGUAACCUGACUUAAGUUUAUGUAUGAGUUUAACAAUCAUUCAGAAUUUAUUCCUUUGGAAAAUGCAGAUUUUUAGUGAAGCUAGGCUGUAUAAUUGAUUGCCUUGUGUAGAUGCAUAUUUUGUGUAGUGAAUUAGAAUGUGAAGAGGAAUUUAAAUUAGUAAAGCUCACAAAAAUGAGCAUAAAAGAAUACAGAAGUCUUGCCAGGCGCAGAGCAUAAGCAAAUAGUAUAGCUGGCUACAGAGGUCAUCCAGGAAUGACAGAUGUUCUUCAGUGUGGUUCCUUCUGCUUGUUGGGUUAAAUAGGUAUGUUUUUGAAGUUCUAAUUGAAAGAGGAAAAAUCAUCUUUGCAGUAAGUUUCAGAAAAAAUAGAAGUAACAGUAAUGCUUCCAAUAGCUAAUAUAUGUUCUUAGAAAACAUGCAGGGUUACAAGUAAUGGUAAUGUCUCAAAGAUGACUUAAAUUCUGUUUUCCUGGCCUGGCUAGACUACUGGUAAGUGCUGUGUGCAUGUAAUUUUGCUUUCCUCACUUGUAUCUGAUAUUUCAAUAUUGCCUUUCUAAACCACAUUUGUUAAGGCAAUUAUUUUUACAGGAUCCUGCCAAACUGUAUAUUACCUCAGAAGAGGCAGGACAUGUUUGGAUUCAUCUAGCACUGGAACAUAGAAAAUCUGCUCAAGUUAAACAGAGACCGACAGAACAGUCUAUUUUGUAGGGGGAGGGUUUAUCAAAGUUUAAGCUGUGAAUUAAGCCAAAAUUUUGGUCAUACAACAGUACUCCAUUGUUACAUAGGGUCAAAUGAUAUUCUGGUCAGCCCAGCAAAAUGAAGUCAAGACUGACAAAAUCAACUUCUGAUGCCUGUAAAUGCUGUUAAGAGCAGAAUUUGGUAAAUAUAAUUGCUAUUUAAAUUUAUUUUGGACCCCUCCAGAUUGCAGCGGUGAUUGAAAUAUUUUGAAACUUUGAAAUAAUUUUUGCUAUUGCUUUCCAGUGUCCCAAAGAAAAAUAGCUUUAAAAAUGAAGUUCCUAGGUUUUACCACAGUGUGCUGUCUUUUAAAACUUCACUGAGUUCAUGAGCUCUAAGGAGAAUUGAGGUUUUCUUCUUUUAAGGUAGGGUUAAUCAUAGAAUGGUUUGGGUUUAUGAAUGGGUGGGACUGUCCACAGCAACCCAUUGCUGUGUGAGUGAACUGUACUUAAAGGGAUUAUUUAGGUAAGGACAGAGUUUUGCCUGUGGGAACCUACAGUUCGCUUUUGACACCAUCUGCAAAGCAGUGUUGCUUCCCCUCCCCCCCCCCCCCAGUUGCUUGAAUUUUAGAUGAAUCAAAGUGAUAGUAAAUUCAGAUUCAGUAACCAAAUUAUCGCAACAACAUGCUAGUUUUAACUUCCCUUUUUAUUUAUUGAAAUAUAAAAUUAUUUCAAAAAUAGUUGUACACUGCCACUGAUAGCAAACAAAUGGGCAGCGAGUUCAGCUGCCUUUGUCUACUGUUUUACGAUGUUAGAUUAUAUACUAAUACACUGUACACUUUUAUUCUUAAAGUAUUAUUAAGCUUUAUUUUAGUCUGUAAUUCCAAAAUCUCCUCAUGACAACAGGCUUCACUAAAGUGCAUGCAACUUUCGUCUUCUAGGGCUGUUCCAAUCCACUGGGAGUUGGUAGGGAUGGAAUUACAGUGAGCCAUCUGAUUGAUUUCUUAUGUCAGAUGAGGUUAAAAGUUGGACAAGACUCGAUUAAUUUCCACCUUCUCUGGUCAGAGCUGUGGCAGGCAUCAAGGAUAAUAGCUCCUCUAUUUUAUCAAGAAACAGGUUCUUCCAAGAAUUUGAAAUAAAGGAGGAGGUGGAAUUAGUGCUGCCACCAUGUGCUGCACCUCUGCUCUGUGAAGUCUUUUGUUGAUGCAGGACUAUGGGGUCAGGAUUGAGGCUUUUGUGUGUGAGAAGCUGGACUGCCAGAGCUGUACCCAUCAGCUGAACAGCCUUAAGACCAGCUUGACUGAUCAGGUCACCUCUGCUGUAUUCAUCCUGCUAAGCUGAACAGAUGUGGCACUUUUCCCUAUGUGGGUGCUAUGCGGCUUGGGUUUUUAGUUUUGAAGAACCUUACUAUGCUAUAUGCAGUAGUAUUGUUCUGGAUAGGAAUUCCAGCUCGAUACAAAUAUAGGAUCAGCAUAAAUUGUUAUUGGUGAGUCCCCCUCUGCCAACCUGCAGGUGUGAGUUCUGGGAGGUGGUGUGGUUUAAGCCCAACUGGUAAUUCAGAUGGGGGGGAGCUCUAUUCAAGGCGGUUGUGGCACUGGCACCCUCUGCUGCCUGUGUGUGUGAGUGAGCAGGGUGUUACUGAUGUGGGUUGGUUUUAUGGAACACAGGCUGUUUGUUUGGUUAGAGAGCAAAAAUUAAGCACCUUGACAGGCCUCUGCAUGAGUAUAAUGCCCUGCUUUAGUGUAUAUGGCAUUCAUAUCAACACCGUGUAAAGGAAAACGAUCUAAAAGCUUGUACAAGGAGGAUGGUUCCUAUCCAGCCAGGGAUCCAAAGUGUAUGACAUUAACUGUUUCUCAAUUAAGAUUAGAGGGGAAAGGGGCGAGAGAAGGUUGUUCACCUUACACUUGGUCUUAUUGUUUCCAGUUGCUAAAGGAAGUGAAUUACUGUUUCUAGAUACAUUUUUUUAUUUGCUGUUGACAGCAGCAUGUCUAUGCUGUUACAUUUUAUUUUCCUGUCAAUGUUUUGGUUUUUACAUAUUUAGUUUGAGGACUGGAGCUGAGGCAGAACUGUCUGCAUUUUUCAGUAGGAUUAGAAAGAGGGUUUUAAUGAAGAAAUGUGAGAAGACUCUACUGCCUACCCAUAUUUUCAUUUAAUUUAUUCUUAGUUAAGGGCACUGGAUAAGAGUGGUAUUUUAAAUGAACUCUUUCACUCCCUUCUCCUCUUUAGAUAUCUCUGCAUUACAGAAAUGUGUCAUGAAUCAGAUCACAUUGUGUUUCUACUUCUGCAGUUAAAAAUUAAGCUAGGUUUUCUUGAACUACCUCACACAAACUUUCUAUGUUUCUUAUGUAAGCAAAGCUAACCCAUGCUAUUGGAACUACACUGAAUGUGAAUAGAGAAAUACACUUCCUUUAGAAAAAUAAACCUAUUGGCCAAUGUUGAGACAAUAUCAGUAAGUAUGUUUCUUAUAGAUUUCACAUAAGAUGGUCAUAUGUGUAACAUAUAGCUUGUGUACAGUAAUGUACAUCUAGAAUAUUGUGCUAGCUGUAAAUUGGUGAUUUUAUUAUUGUAGUCUGGUUUUGUAGGUAAAAAUAGCUUACUAGUAAUGUCAGCUCAUCCUUUACAUUUUACAAAAGGAAUAAUUCUUGGUAAGCUUUGCAUACAGAUGAAUUACUUUUGUAGGCCCAAUAUCUAGUCUAUUUUUGAGAGUUCUUUAACUUUUAUUACUAAAGUUGAGAAAAAAACCCUAAUUAUUGUGAUCAUUCCUUCUAGCCCCUUUUGAAGUAUAUUCUUAUUUUGUCCCAAGAAAUAUGAAGGGGAAGAUACACCAUUAAAAAUGCUGGGGAAAACUGUACUUUUUUUUUUUCUUCCCACAUUUGAUACUUUUUCCUGCUUUUCCUUUAUUCCCUCCAAAUAAGCUGUUGGUGGGGCAUUACUGAGAACAUUGUGGUUUUUUUACUCAUUCAUGCCAUAGGUCAUUAUGUGUGCACCACUGGAAUGUAUACAUUGUUAUCUAGUAUGUCAAUUGGUUAUAAUGAUAUUUUAAAUAAAAAAGAAAAAAAAAGUUUGACCACUAUGAA